AAGAAAAUAAAGUGCACCAGGUUGUUGUUAAUUUUAAUCCCAUAAUAAUAAUAAAAGAAAAAAAAAAACAAACGUCUCAUUAAAAAAUAAUUAACAAUAUAAUACCAAAUAAAUACAUACAACAAAAAUAAUCAAAAUAAAUAAAAUAUAAUUUUUUCAUAAGACAAGUAUGUAUAAAUAAAAUUAAAAUAAAAAAAAAAAAAAAACCCAUGAGCAAAGUUUGUCAACGAUUUCAACAUGUUAUACGAAACUCAGUGAUAGUGAUAUCAAUUUGAUAAUUAAAAAAUAAAUAAACCAUACAUAAAAUUAGCACAUAUUUUAUAUUAAUUAAUUUAAUCAAGCACAGACAUGUCAAUAAAAAAUAUUUUUGACUAAAAAAAAAAAUACAAUAUAAUAAUAAAUUUAGAUAAAAAAAAAAAAACGUGUUUAAAGCUAUAUGGGAAUAUGAUUGUAUCCUCGAAUGUGAUCAUCGUAUAAAAUUAAAUAAAAAAAGGAUAUAAAUAUUAUUUAUGGAGUCGUAUAAUAAUCAAAAUAACAAAAUGACAAAUAGGAGAGAUAAAGUAUCAUCAGGUUUUCUUGAUACAUGGUUUGGAAGACCAAAAAAAAGUGGUCGUGGGGGUGGAGUCAGAAGUGGCACUGGCUUCAAUACAAUACCCCGGCCAAAUUCUGGUGAUGAUUUUGAUGAAAUUGAACAACAAACAUCAAUUAUUGAAAGAAUGGAUGAAGAAACAAUGAAUGAACAAUUUGAAAAAAUGUUAUCAAAUAUGAAUUUAAAUGAAGAAAAAAAAGAACCACUUAGACAACAAUCAGAAACUAAAAAAAAAGAAAUGUUAGUAUUACAUUAUAAAGGAAGUAUACAAGAAAAUAGAUCUAAAUUUGAUAAACCAGCUGAUUAUAUACACUAUUUAGCACAACCAGAUUUGAGUGUUAAUAAAAUUUACAAUUGUAUUGAAUCAUUAAGAAUUGCAUUGACUAAUAAUACACUAAGUUGGGUACAAGAAUUUGGCACAAAAGGACUUAAACAAGUACUUGCUACUCUCAAUGAAUGUUACAGGAAUGCCUCUAUACAUUUUGAUAGUGAUAAUAGAUAUGAACGGAUUCAAUACGAAUGCAUACGUUGUUUAAAAGCAAUAAUGAACAAUACAGUAGGAAUAAAAGAAAUGCUUGCUCAUCAUGAAGCAUUGACAAUUGUUGCACGUUCACUUGAGCCAAGUAAACCAUCUGUAAUGUACGAAGCUGUUAAAUUACUUGGUGCUGUUUGUUUAAUAUCAAGUGAUAGUCAUAAAAAAGUACUUGAUGCAAUAACAAUGAAUGGUGAAUUUAAUGGACGUGAUAGAUUUUUACCAAUAGUACAUGGUUUAAUGAAUAAAAAAAAUGAAAAUUUACGUGUUGUUUGUUUACAAUUAAUUAAUUCAAUAAUAUCAUCAGCUGAAGAUUUAGAUUUUCGAUUGCAUUUAAGAAAUGAAAUAAUGCGUGUUGGUCUUGCUGAUAUACUUGAUACAUUAGAUAAUGAUGAUUCUGAAGAUUUAUCAAAUCAUUUAAAAAUAUUUAAUGAUUAUAAAGAAGAAGAUUAUGAAGAAUUUGUACAAAGAUUUGAUAAUGUUAGAUUAGAAUUAGAUGAUGUUAAUGAUUGUUUUGAAGUUGUUAAAAAUAUGGUUAUGGAUACACAAGCUGAACCAUAUUUUUUAUCUGUAUUACAACAUUUAUUAUUUAUCAGAGAUGAUGCAAUGGUACGUCCAGCAUAUUAUAAAUUAAUUGAAGAAUGUGUAUCACAAAUUGUAUUACAUCGUUCUGGUUGUGAUCCAGAUUUUAGUGCAACAAAACGUUUUCAAAUUGAUGUACAACCAUUAAUUGAUACAUUAGUUGAAAAAUCACGUGCUGAAGAAGAAAGAAAACUUGUUGAAAUGUGUCAAAAACUUGAAGAGGCAAUAUCAAGUAAACAAGAAGCUGAAGCUAAAUUACAACAUGCUGAAAAAAAAAUUAAAGAACUUGAAAAUAAUGGUGGUGGUGGUGGUAAAUUAAGUGGUAAUAAAGGUGGUAGUGGACCACCACCACCUCCACCACCACCAAUGCCUGGUAUGAUGGGACCUGGUGGUCCACCACCUCCACCACCAAUGCCUGGUAUGAUGGGGCCUGGUGGACCACCACCACCACCACCAAUGCCUGGUAUGAUGGGACCUGGUGGACCACCACCACCACCAAUGCCUGGUAUGAUGGGACCUGGUGGACCACCUCCACCACCAAUGCCUGGUAUGAUGGGUCGACCACCUCCACCACCAAUGAUGGGUGGUGGACCACCACCACCACCUGGUAUGGGUGGUUUUCCAGCACCAAAUGCUGUACAAGUACUACCACAUGGAUUAAAACCAAAAAAAAAAUGGCAAGUUGAUGGUCCAUUAAAACGUGCAAAUUGGAAAGUAAUAUUACCACAAAAAUUUACUGAAAAAUCAUUUUGGAUUAAAGUACAAGAAGAUAAAUUGGCAAAUCCAGAUAUAUUAAAUGGACUUGCACAAAAAUUUUCAUCAAAACCACCAAGCAAAAAAAUGGAUGAUGUUGUUGAUAAAUGUACAACAACUAAAAAAGUAAAAGAUUUAAAAGUUUUAGAUGGUAAAUCAGCACAAAAUAUAUUAAUAUUAUUAAAUGGUACAUUAAAACAUAUGAGUUUUGAUGAAGUUAAAAGUUGUUUAUUAAAAUGUGAAGGACCAGUUAUAUGUGAUAAUGUAUUACAAGGUUUAAUACAAUAUUUACCACCACCAGAUCAAUUAACAAAAUUACAAUUAUAUAAAGAUCAAUAUGAUGAUUUAACUGAAGCUGAACAAUUUUGUGUUACAAUAUCAACAAUUAAAAGAUUAUUACCUCGAUUAAAAUCAUUAAGUUUUAUGCUUAAAUUUGAUGAAUUAGUACAAGAUAUUAAACCAGAUAUUGUUGCUGGUACUGCUGCAUGUGAAGAAGUUAAAAGUUCAAAAAAAUUUUUUAAAAUAUUAGAAUUAGUAUUAUUAUUAGGUAAUUAUAUGAAUUCUGGUAGUAAAAAUGGUCAAGCAUUUGGUUUUGAAAUUAGUUUUUUAACAAAAUUAACAAGUACAAAAGAUAUUGAAAAUAAACAAACACUUAUGCAUUAUUUAGUUGAUACAAUUGAACGUAAUUUUUCUGAAUGUUCAAAUUUUUCGGAAGAAUUAUCACAUAUUGAUCGUGCUAGUCGUGUAUCACUUGAAAAUAUACAAAAAUCAUUAAGACAAAUGGAUAUAAGUAUUAAAAAUCUUGAACAAGAUUUAUUAAAUACAAAAAUACCACAAAAUAAUCAAGAUAAUUUCAUUGAAAUAAUGUCACCAUUUGCUAAAAAAGCUAGAGAAUCAUAUGAAGUUAUGCAAAAUAUGUUUAAAAAUAUGGAUACAUUGUAUUCUGAUUUAUCAGAAUUUUAUUCAUUUGAAAAACAAAAAUAUACACUUGAAGAAUUUUUUGGAGAUAUUAAAAAAUUCAAGGAAGAUUUUGAGCAAUCACAAAAAGAAAUUGUAAAGCUGCGUGAUGCUGAAGAAAAACAAAGACGUGCUAGGGAAGCACGUGAAAAAGCUGAAAUUGAACGUGCAGCAAGAGCUGAACAUAAACGUGCACUUGUUGAUAUGAAUGCUCAUGAAACACAAGAAGGUGUUAUGGAUAGUUUGAUGGAAGCAUUACAAAGUGGAGCAGCAUUUAGCCGUCCAGAUCAACGUAGAAAACGUCAAAUACGUGCUGCUGGUGCUGAAAGACGUGCUCAGCUAAAUCGUAGUAGAUCACGAACUGGUCUUGUUGGAACUGGAUUACUUGGUCGAGAAUUAUCCACGAAACUUUUAAGUUCAGCGUGAUAAUUAAUGGCUCGUCAAAAUCAAGUUUCUCUUUCUCCGUCCAACAUGUUGAUGAUGUGAUGUUUUUAUUUGUUUACUACUUGUUGAAAGCCAUCGAUUAAAAAACAGCACAGAUAAAUCGUACGUCUUCCUUUUGGUUUUCAUUAUAUCUGAACGUUUUUUCUUCAUAAUUUUAUAAAAAUUAUUUCUAUCAACAAAGAAAAACAGCGAGAUUACUUGUUAAUAUAUUUAAACUUUAAAUAAUUUUGACAAUAGUUUUUUUAUCUAUUUAAAAAAAAAAAAAAAAAACAAAAACAAAAAAUGCAAAUAGAUGAAAAUUUGUAUGUCUUCUUUAGUUUUCAAUUUGUAAAUUUUUAUUGGAUUUAUUUCAUAAUAACUGAGCAUCAUUGUGUUGAUUAUUUAUACAUAUAUUUUUUUUUAUACAACUAUGUCAAAUAUUACGUAUUAAUUUGGCCUUAAAGUACACAAUAAAUAAAAUCUAAGUGUAAAUAAAUCAAAUUUAUAGAUAGAAAAAAAAAAAGAAAAAAAUAAUAAUUAGUAACUUUAAGUUGUGCAUUUAAAGACAACCGAUUAAAAGAUCAAAAAGAAAAAAAAAAAAAAAAUGUUAGAAAUUAAUCUUUAAAAAGACAGAUAAAAUUAUUUAAUUUUUUUUUUUCAUUUGAUCAAUUGAUCUUGUAACAUCUCGGUAUUGAUUUUAUAUAUUUAAUAUAAAAAAAAUUUAAAAAAUCAAGGCAAUUGGGAUAUUAUCCUGUGUAUCUAUACUGUGAAUAUUAGAUAUUAACAUUAAAAUAUAUGAAUUUUAUUAUUAAACACAAUUAAAAGACAUUCUUAAAAAAGAAAAAAAA